AACUAUUUGGCAGCUCUGACAUAUGGGCCCGGGUAGAAAAAAUGUCGCUCUUGCCCUUUCACUCAGUCUUCUCCCUCGAUUCCCCUCUUCUCCCUCAGGCGGUCAGGCCGCCGCCCAGCUGGGGCACCGCGCCGCCGUCGCCUCGGCCCGGUCGUCGUCGUCCUGAUCCUCGUCGUCGGUGCGCUGUUCCUCAACCUCGGUCCAACCGGCUCCUCCAGCUUCACCAUGCCGUGGAUCCGCAUGGAGUUCAACGAACCAGUCCACGUUGCGGUGGCGGCUCCGCCUCCGCCGCUGACGCAGAUGCAAGCCGGCGUCAACACGAGCGGCGAGGACCUCCGGCCGACAACCUCCGCCUCCGCCCUGACGGCGCGCUCGUCGUGCUCCACGUCCAGCCGCCGCCGAGCAUCGCCGCCGGGCUCAACCCCGGACCCAUCCCCUUCGGCGGCCCGAGUUAUCUUCAUGUCUUCCUACUGGCUCCACUUAUGGUCUACAAUGCUACCACAAGAGGAGCAGGAUACUAUGCGCAAUGGUGCUACACUCUUGGAAUCGGUAGCCAAGGGUCUCUUAUUCCACUAUGGGUGGCGUAGUUUCAUAAGAAUUGCUAGCUAAAAUAUUUUAUGUGGUUUAACAUUAGUCAAUAAUAAAGGGGAGUUGGGGAUUUGUCCCAUCACCUUAUUUCUCAUUUUGAUUUACUUUUAUCUUACAUUUUUAUUACUAUUAAAUUUAUGGCUGUGUGUCUUAUGACAGAAGCCGGAGAUGCAAUCCAUUUCCAUUAUCUAAAAAGAAAGGAGAGGCAGCCCACCAGAGGGGAAAAUGUUUGACCAUUUUCCAGGAAAUUAUUUGAAGAAAUUUGGGGUCUGGUUUGAUU